AUGCCGCACGUGAACGAGAAGCCGCGGUCAAUCGAGUCUCAUGUUAACUACCACCUCCCACCACCAAAAGAUGAGAAGUAUCCCAUUCAAUACAUCGCCACGGUCGGCUUUCAGAGGGAAAAGUAUGACCGGCGAUCCGUUAAAGUCACCGACAGACGCAGUUGCGCGGAGGAAUUUGACCUAGACACGCAUGGGUUCCAAUGGGUUGCUAGCACAAUCCAAGAGAAGAACUGGAGGGAUGACUAUCUGUUUUCUCUCCCUGCUCAGCUGCAAAAGGAUGUUCAAGAUCUUUUGAUGCGACACACUGGUGCGACAUACGUCCACCCUUUCCCACCCCAUGUCAUCCGCAAGGACAGCCAUCAGACGGUCCUUGAUGUUCCGGAUGACGUCCCGGAUGAUGCAUUGUUGAAUCUGAGACCACCAGCCAUGUUUGUACACGUUGAUCAAUCGUAUCACGGUGCCCAGAUUCGCUUAGACAGACAAGCCGAAGUCGACAACCUCAGGGACAAAGCCAAACACCGUUGGGGAAUUAUCAACGUCUGGCAGCCCUUGAAGCCAGUGGACCGCGAGCCCCUUGCUGUGUGCGAUGCCCGCAGCGUCGACGAGUCGGACCUCGUCCCGGUUACGACGCGGAUCGUCUAUGGAGGUCAGAACAUCGACAACGAGCAAUGGCACAUCAAGGCGAAUCCAAAUCACAAAUGGUACUACUCCAGUCGGAUGACGCCGAAUGAGGCGUUGUUGAUCAAGUGCUACGACUCCAAGCUUGAUGGGAGGGCCAGGAGGACUCCUCAUACUGCGAUUCAAACUCCCGAUGACUUUGGUCCACCGAGGGAGAGUAUUGAAAUCAGAUGUUUUGUAUUUUGGGAGGGCGAGGAAUUGACGUAA